CAAGGAGAUUGGGUGUCAGAGUUUGGGCACGGAGAGCCCAGCCUUCAGCCCUCUUGCACCAGCUAAAAUUAGCCAGGUGGGGCUACUGACUGGGAUAAGGCAAUCCAGCAAACCUAGGCCAUGAGCCUCUUGGACACAGCACAACAUCCCUCCGACCAGCAGCGCGUCUCCCUUUCCCUCCAGAAGGACGGUCUUGGACUUCCUUUGCCCACUGAAAGAACCUCCUGGCCUUCUUCCCCAGAUGAGGAUCCCGAUUUACUUUCCUUUCCUCUGGAAGAGCCUGGCCCCAGAUCCCUGGUCCCAGGGAACCUUCCCUCUCCGGCUUUUUCCCUAGAGGAGGAGGAACAGGAGGAGGACGAUGGAGACACAGCCGAGCCCGAGGGACUGCGUAGUGAGGAGCAUCCGAGCCAGUUCUUCGCAGAAGCACAGAGGCUGCGGGAACAGAGGCUCUUAUUAGACGAAGAGGUGACAGUCGCGGGGCGGGUGUAUGGGCUGCAUCGGGUGAUCUUGGCCGCAGUCAGCAGCCUCUUCCGAGACCGGCUGCUAAGCGGCGGUAGGUCGCGGUCAGGCUUCAGCCUCGAUGUGGCCCCGGGAGGCUGGGAGGCCGUGCUGACCUUUGCCUAUGAGGGGGUACUGGGCCCCGCCUCACUGGGGGAUGUGCUGGCUGCGGCCGAGGCCUUGGGGGCGCCCCGGGUGAAGGCCGCGGCACAGCGCAAAUGCGAGGAGCCAGGAAACUCCGGGGAAGAAGAAAAGAAGCUCAGCCAGGCCGAGGAGCUGAGGGAGAAUCUGCGCAGCAUAGAGCUUCUAUACCGAGAGGGCGUCGGAUGUGACCUGGAAUUGGAGGCAGACGGCUACCGGCUGCGGGUGCACCGAGCAGCCCUGGCCUGUGGCAGUGAGUUCUUUGGGGCUAUGCUCCUGAGUGGGAUGAGGGAAUCCCAGGGCACGGAGGUGUCUCUGCGUACCAUCUCUAGCCAAGACCUGCGACUCCUCGUCUCUUUUGCCUACUCUGGAAUUGUGCGGGCAAGAUGGCUAGGACUGCUGAGAGCUGCCCAGGCUGCUCUGCAGUACCAAAGCUCUUCCUGUUUGGCUUUGUGUCAGAGAGCCUUGGCACGAGACCUCAGCCCUGCCCGAUGCCUGGCCCUGUUCCCCAUGGCUGAAGCCCCCGGGUUGGAGAGGCUCUGGAGCAAAGCCCGGCACUACCUCCUCACCCACCUGCCUGCUGUGGCUUUGUGCCCUGCUUUCCCUUCUUUACCAGCUGCCUUCCUGGCUGAGCUCCUAGAUAGCGAUGAGCUCCAUGUGCAAGAAGAGUUCGAGGCCUUUGUGGCUGCACGGUGUUGGCUAGCUGCCAACCCUGAGACCCAGGAGUCAGAGGCCAAGGCCCUGCUGCAAUGUGUCCGCUUUGGCCGCAUGUCUACCAGAGAGCUGAGGAAGGUGCGGGCAGCUGGGCUGCCCCCACCCCUGCCUCCAGACCUUCUCUACCAGUUGUUGGUGGAGGCUGACGUUCCAGGUCAAGAGAGGUGGAGGGAGCCCGACCGGGCGCUGGUGGUGAUUGGUGGGGACGAACUCAGACCUGAUAUGGCCCGAAGACAGCCAUCUCGAAAAGUGUGGUGGGCCCGGGCCUUCCGCUGUGGCAUGGGACUGGUACGAACUGUGGAGUGGGGGCGGCUGCCGGCCCUACCUGCCCCAGGGCGCUUCCGGCAUGGGGCUGCAAGCUUGGCAGGAAGUGAACUCUAUGUGUGUGGGGGACAGGAUUUCUACAGUCACUCCAACACUCUGGCUUCAACUCUCAGGUGGGAUCCCAGUCAAGAGGACUGGGAAGAGGUGGCACCUUUGUGCCAGGCUCGAAGUUUUUUCCCCCUGGUGGCAUUGGAUGGACAACUUUAUGCCCUGGGUGGACGAAAUGAUGGUGUUGCUCUCGACUCUGUGGAAACCUAUAACCCUGAACUCAAUAUCUGGAGGCCAGCACCUGCACUUCCAGCACCCUGCUUUGCCCAUGCAGCUGCCAUCUUGGAGGACCGACUGUAUGUGAGCGGUGGCUGUAAUGGGACUGGUCAAUACCUGGCCUCUUUGCUGCACUAUGACCCCAAACUUGAGAAACCAGGGACAUUUUUGAGCCCAAUGGGAGUACCCCGGGCUGGUCAUGUCAUGGCUGCUCUGGGUGGGCGACUGUAUGUGGCAGGUGGACUGGGUGAGACUGGGGACUUGCUGAGCUUUGAGGCCUAUGAACCAAGGACUGAUAGCUGGACUCGCCUGGCACCCCUGCCCUCCCCCCAUGUGGGUGCUGCAGCUGCUGUGCUGCAGGGGGAGCUCCUGGUGCUAGGAGGCUACAGCCACCGUACUUAUGCCCUUUCCCACCUUAUCCAUGCCUACUGUCCUGGCCUGGGCCGGUGGCUCUGCCUGGGAACUCUGCCAAGGCCUCGGGCUGAGAUGCCUGCCUGCCUCCUGACACUCCCCACUGUGCAGCACAUAGCUUUGGUUCCCACCCAGCACCAAACCAAACCUGCCGGGUGAAGGGGGAACAGCAGUGUAUGGGGGGAGGAAGGGAUAAGAAAUAUCUUAAGAAAAGGACAGAGGUUACCAGGAGAGGCAGAGAAGGCUUCUUGAUAGUAUUUUAUUCUCAUGGUGUUUUACAGCUCAUAAACUGCUUUUGUAUAUAUGAUCUCCACUGAGGAAAGGGUGUUUGUUGGGGAAGGUCAGGCAGCUGAUUACUUGAUUAAGAUAGACAACCCAGGAGCAAUUCCACAAGGCUUAGGGGUUCCUAGUGGGGGAAGUGCAUCUGGUUGGGAAGCAUUAAGAAGCUCCCAUAGGGACUCGGGUGUAGCUCAGUGGUAUAUCACCUGCUUAGCAUGCAUGAGGCCUUGGGUUCCAUCCCUAGCACCAAAGGAAAAAGAAAAGAUUCAGGUCGGGUGCAGUGGCACACACCUGUAGUCCCAGCUACUUGGGAGGCUGAGGUAGGAGAAUCCUAAAUUUGAGACUAGUCUGUGCAACUUAACAAGACCCUAUCUCAAAAUAAAGCAAAGCAAAAAUCAAAACAAAAACUCCAGUAGCAAAGUACAGGAAACAUACAUGGAGGAUAGUUAGAAAAGUGAUUCUAAUCCAUGGAUCAAGGAAAAAAAUGUGGAAAGGCCAUCCAUGAGCUUGAGGAGUAUGGGAGGAACCGUUCAGCUCUUCUCUUUACUAGCACUUGCUCCUUUCUAUGGUCCCAUUCCUGGGAUGCCUAAACCCUCUUCACGAUAUUCUUUCUCAGGUAAUUUCUAUAAGCCAAGUUUAGUGUUUCCCAGCCCAGAGACUAUAGGCUUUCCUUGGGAGCCUUUGGUUUCCAUGAGAGGCAGAAGCUCCAAUCAGGACCUGGACAGCACAGGUGACCUAGAUGCCUGAUGAGCUCUCCAGGUGAUGAGGUAGGAGUAUUGUGUGUGGUGCAGGGAGAUGAAGGAGGCAGAGGCCCAGGAGGAGGUGCCUACAGUGGAAAAGAGAUGAGGUCUGAAGGGAUGGAAUGAAAGAAAUUCCAAGCCUGUCUGACUUCUUUCUUUCCUUUUGGGUGAAGUGAGGGACCAGAGUACAAAUGGACAGUUGUGGCAUGAGAGGAAAUGGUGGAAAGAAGAGUGAAAGGCAGAAAAGAUGGAAAAACCCUUUCUCCUUAGUUCCCGUCCUGAGUUGUUUUAAGUUUAUUUCAGGGAGGGUUGAGUCAGAUGUUUCCUUUCUCCCUUCCUCCGUCCUGCUCUUCCUUUUUGACCUCUUUUUCCCUUCUCCCUCACACAGUUAUUAAUUGCCUAUUAUAUGCCAGGCACUGUGUGAGACACCAAGGGUACAUAACUCAGAGAGCUCCUGAUCAUAGGACAGACUUGUAAACCAGUAUGAGUGUCAUAGUAGACGUGGAAGUCUGAGUGAAGUCCUGUGAGAGUCCAGAGGGUCAAGGUGUGAGCUCUGUUCAGAGAAGCUUCCAUUAAGGAAGGCAUCACCAAAUAGGUGUAGUCUGAAAUAGAAUUUUUUUCUUUAUACUAGGCAUUUAACCUAAGGGUGCUUUACCAUUAAACUCCACCCCCAGCCCUUUUUAUUUUAUUUUAUUUCAGUUUUUAUUUUGAUACAGAGUCUUGCUAAGUUGCUUAGGAACUUGUUAAGUUGCUGAAGCUGACCUCAAAUUUACAAUCCUCCUGCCUCAGCCUCCCAAGUCACUGGAGUGCCUGGGAUUAUAGAUGUGUGCCACUGUGCCCGGCUGAACUGAAGGCUGCCUAGAAACUUACCAUUUGAGGAUGGGGAUGUAGCUCGGGUGUAGAGUGCUUGCCUCGCAUGCACAGUGUCCCAGGUUUGAUCCCCAGCACUGCAAAGAAAUGAAAUAAAAUAAUAAAGAAAUUAUAGAGAAGGGGGAAUGCAUCUUAGACAGAAAAGUGAAGAAAGGAGGAUCUUCUGUGCCCUGUUUCUCCACAGCAAAGGGCAAGUGGGUAUUCCAGAGAUUCUUCAGAGAAUUCUGCUGUUUCUAGCUUACCCUCUUCUCUGGAGCCUUUUUGAAAACAAUUCCUUUCACUUAAUCAUAUAUUCCCUCCCUCCACAGGUCCCCUAAAUCUUUCCUCUCUGGUGUUUUCAUUUCUGCCUCCUGGAUAGCUCAGGGCAAAGAAAAAUCAGUUCUUGUGUAGGUCAGUCUUCUAUUAUCAUUGUUUAAGAUCUUCAUGCUCCUGAAGGUGAUAAUAGAGUCUCCUUUGCACCUUUCUUCAUUCUAUCCCCAGAAGUUCUUAACAUGCGUUUAUUCAUUCAUUUAUUUAUUUUUGUGAUUUCAUUAUUUUACUAAGGUUUUUUUUUUUUUUCUUUUUCCCCUCUAUCUCUGUUUAAGAUAGUUGAGCCAGGUGUGGUUGCACACACCUGUAAUCUCAGCAACUCAGGAAUCUGAGACAGGAGGAUUUUAAGUUCUAGGCCAGCCUCAGCAACUUAGUGAGACCCUGUCUUAAAAUAAAACGUAAAAAAGUCUAGGAAUGUGACUUCGUGGUUAAGCAUGGGGUAUAAUAAUAAUAAUAAUAGAUUAAUAUUUUAAAAGAACUGGGGAUAUAACUCAGUGAAAGCUCCCCUCCAUUCAAUCCCCAGUACCACAAAGAAAGAUAGACAAGGAAUAUAGUUGAAAAUGAGGAAGGGUAAGUAGGAUAUAUAAAAUAAAAGAAAUUGAAGAAAAAAAAGAGGCAGAACCCUGGAGGUGAUGAGAAACUAAGAGUUGGGUGAACUUCUGUAGACAUUUUCUUUGUGAUUUGUACUUAAACCCAGGUUUAAAUAAAGGUUUUACAGUGAUU